AUGUCUACCGAAACUGAAAUACAAGAUAUUAAUUAUGAUAAAAAUGUAUAUCUUAAAGUAUACAAAAAAGCAAAUGAAUUCAAAAAAGAAGCUUUUUCGGAAUUUAAUAAAGAACAACAAGAUAAAUUUUUAGAAUUAUAUACUAUUUGGAAUAAUAAAAUCAUUAAUCAAUUUAAAAAAAAUAUUCCUUUGGAAGGAA